AUGGGCGACAGUAAUGUACUUCUCACCGACGAGCUCGAGCUCGAAGCGCCGCCGCUGACGCCCGCCGAGACCAGCGAGAUGCUUACCGACGCGGAGCCAAGAAAACAAUCAAAAAAGACAUCGACGUACCGACCCGACAUUGACGGUCUCCGCGCCGUCGCCGUCGUGCCCGUCGUCGUCUUCCACGCCUAUCCCUCUGCGUUUCCCGGUGGAUUCGUGGGCGUUGACGUCUUCUUUGUCAUCUCUGGCUUUCUCAUUUCGAGAAUCCUCUUCCACGAACAGUCCAGCGGCACAUUUUCGUACGCGCGCUUUUACACGCGGCGCGUCCGGCGGCUCUUUCCCGCGCUGCUGCUCGUGCUGGCAACGACCCUCGGCCUUGGCUGCUAUUUCUUUCUUACGCGCAAGCUCCAGGCGCUGGCCGCGACGCUGCUUGCAGGCUCACUUUUUGGCGCCAACUUGCAGAUCCUCGCACUCGAACGCGACUACUUUGAUCUGGACACCAAGACCAACCCGCUACUGCAUCUCUGGUCGCUCGGCGUCGAAGAGCAGUUUUACCUCUUCUGGCCCUUCGUCGCGGCGAUGGCCAUGAAGCUGCGCCUGAACCGCAGCAUCCUCCUUCAACUCACCAUCCUCGCCAUCAGCUUUACCCUCAAUCUCGCGCUUCUCGGGGUUGGCGGCAACAACAAAAUGUCAUUCUACCUCCCGUUCCCGCGGUUUUGGCAGAUGGCACUCGGGGGUCUUCUCGCCUACUACGCCCACCGGACGCCGUCCACGCAGCAGACCAACGACGAUGACGACGCUCCGAAGGACGACGAUAUUGAGGCUUUUGCCACGCCCGGGAGAUCCUGCUUGUGUUCGCUGCUCGGCGCGGCGCUCCUCGUGCUCGCCUAUGCCAGUAUCGACGAGAGCUGCGCGUUCCCAGGCUUUUGGGCGACGCUGCCGUCGACGGCCGCCCUCUUUCUCUUGGCUGCGGGUCCCGACGCCGUUGUCAACACCUAUGUGUUGAGUCAACCGAUCUUCGUGUACAUUGGCAAGAUCAGCUACUGCUGGUACCUCUGGCACUGGCCGCUCCUCGUCUUCGCCGCCGACGCCUACCCCCUCGACAACGCUCGCCCCGCCUACUUGACGCCAAUGGCGAUCGUCUGCUUCAGUGCGAUCGCCAGUGUCGCGACGCACGAGGGGCUUGAGAAAGGCCUUCGUCGCCGCAAAGCUGCUUGGAUCACGCCGCUGCUUGUUGUCG